ACAUACUGUCGAAAUUAUUGACCCCCUCUCCCAUGGCCUAUAUAGCGAUUGGGAAGACUUCGGAAACAAAAGAUAGUGAACGAUAGCGAUUUGCAGGGAAAGAGGGGCGAUUCUCUCACUCUCUCACUCUCACUCUCUCUCACUCACCCCCGCUCUCUCUCUCUCUCUCUCUCUCUCUCCCCUCCUUCGCGAUAUGACUCCUCAAGAACAAGGUAAGUUCGUGAAGCUAGAUGUAAUUCUCGACAGGCAGUGGAGCAGAACGAUGAGCAUCGGAUCGAUAUCAGGAUCGCGCAAGUUCAAGGAAUCAACACCAGCAGCAGCAGCAGCAGCAGGAGCUCCAAAGCCUCUCCAGACGAUCGAUAUGUCCAAGCUGGUGAUCCGGGAAGUGAUCGGCCUCGGCGCGAUUGGAAAGGUCCACCGGGGAACAUACAACAACGAGGAAGUGGCCAUCAAGCUCUUGGAUUGCAGCAAGCCGGGGCUGGCCGGGGACGGGAUCUCCGACUGGCGGCGCGUUUGCCUCAUGCGGGAGCUGCGAAUCUGGCGGAAGCUGGAUCAUCCAAACAUCGUCAAGCUCAUCGGUGCUUCGCCCGGCGUGGCGGACAAGAACGCCUUCUCCAACGUUUGCUGCCUCGUCUCCGAGUAUAUGUCCACCGGAAGCUUGCGCGAGUAUCUCAUGUCGCAGCACAAGAGGCUGAGCUACAAGCUCGUGAUCCAGCUGGGAAUCGACAUAGCCAGGGGGCUCGAGUACCUGCACUCGCGGAAGAUCAUCCACAGGGAUGUCAAGACCAAGAACAUCCUGCUCGACUCGGCUCUCCGCGCCAAGAUUGGCGACUUUGAUUCGGCCAGGAUCCUGAUGGAGGCCGAUCAGGCCAUGAGCGGGGAGAUUGGAACUUUCGGAUACAUGGCGCCCGAGGUGAUGGACGGGCGGGCAUACGAUUGCAAGUCGGAUGUUUUCAGCUUUGGGAUUUGCUUGCUGGAGAUCUAUAGCUGCGACAUGGCGUAUGGAUUGGUGUGCUUGAGCCUGGCAGACAUCACCAAGGGGCUCGUGUAUCGGAACUUGCGGCCCAAGAUCCCGCGGUCGUGUCCCGGCGAGCUCGCGUACGUGAUGAAGCGCUGCUGGAAGAAGAAUCCGGAUAAGCGGCCCCGCAUGAGCGAGGUUGUGAGAAUGCUCGAGGCAAUCGCGAAAGGUAAUUCGUUGAGCAAAGUGUCUCCCCAGUGCAAUCCUUUCCCGGACACCUCCAGUUCGAUCUCAAAGUAAACUGCAAGAUUCUUUUCGCCUUUGCCGAAGAGAUAUGGCCGCCACACGCCCAGAGAAGUCAAGUUCCAACUUGAGAGAUGGUUGAGAUUUUCUAGAGAAAAUGUGAUUUUCUUACCACUAAAAAGGAUCUCUUUCUUCUGUA